AAUUUAUAUCCAGAUUUUGUAGUCAACAUACUAGUGUAAACUCAAGAAACUUUUCAUAGUCAAAUUUUCAGCUUUUAUUUUGUGCCCUUAAUUUCUUUUUAGUUUUUGUACUUUUAAACCAGUGCCAUAUAGAGAGAGAAAGUGUUAGAGAGAGUUCAAUAUUUUCAAUUAAAUAAAUUCUCACACUUUCUUUCUUUCUCUGUCACUCUUCUCUUUACUUCUACACACAAGGUGACACACUCCUGUGACCUCUGUUUCCAAAGGAAACCCUUGUUUCCCCUUUUCUUAAACCCUCUCUUCAAACUUCCUCAUAAUUCAUUUUCCUUCCAUUUUUUUAUCUCUAUUUCAAUCUUUAAGUUUAGUUUGAUUUACUAAACUCACAAAUUUAUUCAUAAAUAGCCACCAAAUACUCAUUUAUGAUACACCAAAAUUCAAUCUCAUCCACACAAGACAAGAUUACCAAGUAACCCUUUUUCAAACACAAACCUAAGACUAAGAAUCUCUUGUCAGUGACAAAACCAACCAUGAUGAUUCCUUCUCAUUGUCUCAUCUUCUCUCUCAUUUUUGUUUCUAUUUUAGGCAAUGAAGCAACCUUGCUCCAUGAAGCAAAUGGGUCAUUUCCAAUGGUACCUGUGAUGGAAGAUGGGAAGAUGGAAAAGAUGAUGAUGAUGAUGAAUGAUAGCAGAAGGAAACUUGGAAGUUUCAGGAUAUGUGCUCUUUGUACAUGCUGUGGUGGAGCAAAAGGUGUUUGCAUACCUUCUCCUUGUUGCUAUGCCAUCAAUUGCAACAUUCCCAAUAAGCCUUUUGGUUUCUGUUCAUUUGCACCUAAGUACUGUAAUUGCUUUGGAUGCCAUCUUUAAUUCCCUUCUUAGCUUGUUUGAUUCUCUUAUUAUAUUGUUAUAAUAACAGUAAUUGAAAUUGAGGAUUCAUUAUUAUUAUUAUUAUCUUUAAUUAAUCAUGUUGCAAGUGUGAAUGAGAAGUUAAGAAGUUAAGAUUAAGAA